AUCAUACAUAAAGCUUGAAUAAAUGUUAGAGUCACCAAUACAUUCAUAUAUGACUUCUUCAACCACCAACAAAGACACUGAUGAACAAGAAUUCCUAUCAGCAUGUAUGCUUCAGCUUCACAAAUCUACCGCCUACAGGUAGAUAAUGCAUCCAGUUCUAUAUUCUUGUAAAGUUCUUUAAGGAAAUAUAACUGGUUGUUCUUGCACAUGUUGUGCUAGCUUUGUUCGGCGGUCUGUUGUACCACUUGAUUACUAAUGUACAUAUUCCGAAGCACAAAUGAAGCAGAUCGAUCAUCUUACAGGUAUAAAUCAGGAGUGAAAUAAGGGUCGGCAUGGAAACACCUGUUAAUCUGAGGUGGUCACACUGCUUCAUUGGUGUAAUGAUAAUAACUCUUGUUUUUGGUCUAUCUCUGACGUCAAUGAUCACAAGUCAGUAUUCAGACUAUUACCUGGAGACUUACAUGUUCCCAAACACAACCGACCCUAACAUGGAAAAUGUUUCAACUUGCAAUAUGAACAAGUCGACCGAGAAAUACCGCGAGAAAACGGAGGUUCAGAAAGCAGCAUCACAACUAGAUAUAUAUGCCUCGGUGUCAGAAACCGGCCCUGCCCUCAUCACCUUAGCCAUCAUGGGUACCCUUAGUGAUCGAUUCGGAAGGAACAAAAUUCUGAUGAUCAACAUAUCGUUUUGUUUAGCAGCUUUCUGUCUUUCAAGUGCAAUAAUUUAUUUCGAGAUCAACGUUUACUACUUCUUAAUCAGCGGUACACUUUACAGUAUAGGAGGUGGUUUAUUUGGUGCACUGUCUAUUGGAUUUGCCUAUAUUUCCGAUAUAACAGAUUCUGGAAAGCAACGAACUUUACUUAUAGCUCUUCUUGAAGCUCUUAUCGGGGUAAGCGGAGCAGUAUCAGACAUUGCUUCUGGGUACAUGAUUGAGAGAAUCGGUUUCUUCUAUUCAAAUUUAUGCGCAUGUGCUGCAGCGGUCACUUCCGUUUUGGUAGUUGCGUUGUUGCUGCCGAAUUCCCUUCCUUCUGACAUGGACUCAUCGCAUCAUACAGUAUGUGAACACAUCAGUGCAUCAUUUGCUUUCUACUUUAAACCAUCACCUAAAAGAUACAAAUAUGUCCUCACUAUAACAUUGUUCAUGGUUGCAUCGCUUUCAAUAUUAGGCAAAUCACCCGUUGAGAUGGUAGUUGGCGUAACCAUCAUGAAAGUCCUCCAGAUAUUUUUCGUUGACGAAGUUAUCGCCAUUCUCGGCGGUAUUUCUGGCAUGGCCUCCAGCAUUGUGGAGGCAUUUGCCGUUGAUGAUGCCACGCUAUUUGCAGCUUCUGUUAUUGGGUGCCCUUUUCAAGUGGGAAUAGCUGUGGUGGAGAUAGCAACAAGCCUGGGAAGUAAUGCCGGAGCGUCGGCCAUCUACAUGGCAACAGUUGACACCUUACGGGGGUUCGUCUUCCUCGUAUUUGCCGGUCUUUCAUUCCUAGCAAUAAUUAUGUUAUUGAUUUACCGCAUCACGGCUGGAGGGGCUAAGACAGUACCAAUACCGGAUAUGACCAAAGAAAUCAACUGUACUCAGGUAGUGGCAGAGGACUGAAACACCUGGGACAGAGCAUACGGGUUAUAACGACAUACAUGACGGGGAUGGAGCAUAAACAUUAGAGAGUGGGACUGGUUGGUACUUUGGAAGCUGCAAGCGGUGGUGUGAUAGGUGUUGUUGAGGACGUGGGGUGGGUGAUGGUGUAAUAUGGGUUUGUUCGGCGCUUUGGUAAGUUGCGGGCGGUGGUGUGAUAGGUGUGGUUAAAGACGUGGGGUGGGUGAGGGUGUAAUAUGGGUUUGUUCGGCGCUUUGGUAAGUUGCGGGCGGUGGUGUGAUAGGUGUGGUUAAGGAUGUGGGAUUGGUGAUGGUGUAAUGAGGGUGUGGUCGAUACUUUAAGUUGCGAGCGGUGGUGUGAUUGAGGAUGUGGAGUGGGUGAUGGUGUAAUGUGGGCGUGGUUGGUGUUUUGGUAAGAUGCGGGCGGUGGUUGUUGUUAGAGGAGGGUUUGAGGAUUUUCAGUUAAGGAUGGUGUGUGGGCGUUGUCGGCAGUUUGGUAAGCUAUGUGCGAUGGUAUGAGUGGUAUGAUUGAAGAUGUGGGCUGGAUGAUGAUGUGUUAGAUUGGUGUGGUUGGUGCUUGGGUUAAUUGUAUGCGGUAUUAGGUGUGAGAGGGGUUUGGAAAUUUGAAGUUGGGGACGAUUGUGUGGGCGUUGUUGAAAGUUUGGUAAAUCGUGGGCGAUGGUAUGAGUGGUGUAAUUGAGGAUGUAGAGUGCGUAGCGGUGUAGUAAUUUCUGAUAACAAAUGACAGAAUGUGCGCGUGGUUGAUAGUUAGGUAAAGUUGUGACAGGUGUAGUUAAAUAUGUAGGAUAGGUGAUUA